GCCCGGCUCCUGUUUCGGGUGGAAUUCCGGAGGGAUUCCAAGCCGGGGCCGCUCCCGGCGUCCCCGGCAGAGCUCCUUAAAGUCCUGCCCUCAUCUUCUUCCUCCCCUCGACAGCUUUGACGAGAUCACGGGCGGCUUCGACCAACUGCCCGAGGCCUUCCAGAAGUCUCUGCCCGGCGUCAUCCGCUUCAACUGCACCGUGGAGACCAUCGUGAGCAAGGGGGACGAGGUGCGGGUGUUCUACCGCGCCCCGGACACCCUGGCCCCGACGGCGGCGGCGGCCGACUACGUCCUGGUCACCUCCACCGCCAAGGCCACGCGGCACAUCCAGUUCCUGCCGCCCCUCUCCCGCGCCAAGGCCCACGCCCUGCGCUCCGUCCACUACGCCGGCGCCGCCAAGAUCGCCCUGGUCUGCUCCGAGAAGUUCUGGGAGAAGGACGGGAUCCGCGGCGGGCAAUCCAUCACCGACCGGCCGUCCCGCUUCAUCUACUACCCCAGCCACAACUUCUCGGGCGGCGCGGGCGUCCUGCUGGCCUCCUACACCCAGAACCGCGACUCGGAGUUCUUCCUGCCGCUGGCGGACGAGCGGGCGCUGGAGGUGGUGCUGAGCGACCUGGCCGACGUGCACGGGGUGAGCCGCGACUUCCUGCGCCUGGCCUGCGACCGCCACGUGCUGCAGAGGUGGCAGCUGGACGGCCACGCCAUGGGGGCCUUCGCCGCCUUCACCCCUUACCAGUUCACCGACUACUCGCGGGCGCUGUUCGCCGCCGAGGGCCGGGUGCACUUCGCCGGCGAGCACGCGGCGCAGCCCCACGCAUGGAUAGACACCGCCAUGAAGGCGGCAAUCAGGGCCGCCGCCAACAUCCACCACGACCGCGGCGGGUGGGCAGGGAGCUCCUCGGCGGGGAGGGAAGAGCUCUGAUGGGAGGGAAAGAGCU